AUGUUUAAAAACCAUUUAGAAAUGAUUGGGAGAAAUGAGUCGCCAUCGAAGAAGGCCAGGUUCUGGCAGUCUUACGUACGAUCUCUAAAAGGAUCUGAAGACAUCAGGGCUGAAGAGAGAUACAGGCCAAGCCGCCGCAGCGUUUUCCCUGAGCUCCUCUCAACCUACCCCUACAGCAAAUCCAUCUACGAUGACCCCGUAGGUGCUGCAGAGAGGAUCACAGUCCCUGGAUACCGUUACCUGCCUGUCCACCGUGAAACCUACGGCUACUCCCCGAGGCCUAUCUACGCGCACAACUACCCUCGCUCAAUCGAAGCCUACAGGCCAAUCUACCACGUGCCCAGGCGCACCCGACGUGGCGUAGACCCCUUCGACUCGCACAAGGCUUGGCAAGACCAUUUGGACAGACUGGCCGCUAUCGACCGUCUGUACCCAUCCCGUUACGGCCUCUACCUGAAGGACAGGGCUUACCCCAUCACUGACCUGAGCGCCCCCAUUGUCGACCCCUUGAACCCCAAGAGCCUUAAAGGCAUCGAAUAUGAACCCGACAACAAACCCCACUGGGGAACAGGAUCUUGGCCAUCGCGGUUGUCGGAUGAGUUCGCUAAGGAUCCAUUUUUCGCUGAUGCCGAAAAAUGGGCAGGUUUCGAUCGGUCCCUACGAGGAAAAUCACCUACACCCGUGAAGCCCCGGAUAAGUCCUACACGUGACUGCGAGGUUGCUUUUGAUUCAGAUGGUGCCCCGCUGUACAGUGCUGGCGGACUACGGCGCAGGCCGUGGGCUAACAUUUUCAACCCAAGCCCAUCUCUGCCCAUUACCGCGAUCACGAGGGAUCCUUUCUGGUACGAUUGGCCUGAGCUGAGGCCCAUGGCGAGAUGGGACCGCAGCCCUUCCUACAUCCGCGACUCCUACUUGUCUCCAGUGAAACGCACCUUCCUUUGGGACAAACAUCCCAUCAGGCCCUUAGAUUUAAUGAUGGCUGACAUGUUCACUGUGGACGAUCUAAGCAAGACAAUGCCAUUUGUUCGUAGUCUAUAG